UUAACGUAAUGGCCAUAAAUUUUAUCUUUACUAUCCAUCUGAUGUACAACAUACAUUUUAUUUUAAUCAUUAAAUAAUUUCCAUUUUAAAUGUUCAUUUAUUGAUGGUUUAGUGAAGUAACCGACUCAAGUACGAUGAAUUUCUUUGCAAAAUCGAUACUACAAAAAGCAGGAUAUGGCAAUCUGCACAGAUUUAUGUCGACAAAGGCUCUAACAAAGGUGACGUUUAAUAAUGGAAUCAAAACGAUUACAUUGGCUAGCCCCGAAACACGAAACACGCUUUCAAUUCCAAUGGAACGGGAGCUUUUGAAACAUUUAUCGGCCGAUUGGGAGAAUAACGAUUUGCGGGUGAUUGUUUUAGAUUCGGAAGGUCCACUUUUUUCGGCCGGUCAUAAUCUGAAUGAAAUGACUACGAAAAAUAAUCUUGAGGUACACAAUGAAAUUUUUCACUUAGCAUCUAAGGUGAUGUUUGCCAUAAUUGAUUGUCCCGUGCCUGUUGUUGGAAAGGUGAAAGCGGGGGCGUUUGCGGCCGGUUGUCAGUUAGUUGCGCAGUGCGAUAUUGCAGUGUGCACACCGAAUUGCAAAUUUGCUACACCUGGAGCAAAUGUUGGAAUUUUCUGUUCGACACCGGGUGUUGCAAUUGCACGCUGUGUACACCCUAUGGUUACACGUCACAUGCUGCUUACAGGGUUACCUUUAACAGCAAACGAAGCAAAGGACAACGGGCUGGUUUUUAAAGUGUGCAAAGAGGAAGAUAUAGACAAGGAGGUCGACCACAUUUGUCAAAGCAUCAUGUCAAAAAGUCGCGCAAUUAUUAUGAAUGGUAAAAGAUUCUAUUAUAGGCAGGUGGAUUUGCCGAUUAAGGAGGCAUUUAAAUUGGGUGAACAGGAAAUGAUCGACACCUUGUCUUUGAGAGACACACAAGAGGGCAUCGAGUCGUUUCUGCAAAAAAAGAAACCUAAUUGGUGUCACCGUCCAGACCCAUUAAAUAGUAAAUAGAUUUUCAUAGCUACUUAUUGGUAUACAAAAACAGGGAUACACUAACAAGAAUAAUAGCGGCUACAUAUGGAUACAAAUUUUGGAUAUAUUUAUAUAACUAACCAGAAAUAAUUAUGUGUAUGUUACUUAAAAUAAAACAAGAUAAGAAACCCUUAUCCUCAAGGUAGA